UUUUCCGGAGUAGUGCAUAACUUAUUGAAAUUUCUUUAAACUAAAAGGUGCGCAUGAAAAAAUUAUAUCUGGUAAAUCAGUUAAUAAAUAUGUAUGUUAUGUGGCUAACAAAGUAGGCACCACCAGAUGAUUAAGAAUUAGACUUCCAUUUGUGCAUCAAAAAUAAUUUUAAAAGGACUUUCUCAAAGGUCAAAGGCUCAUGACAUUUGGAAAAGUAAUUUGUAAUCGGUUGAUUUUUGUGUCGGUACAAGUACGGUGUGGGAAUCUCAGUUCCAUCAAACUAAACCAUUUCGAAAUUAAAAUAAAGGUGGAGAUAUUAAUUUCAUGAAUUCAUUUAUAAAGUUUGCGUAAUAACAACCUGUUAAAAUACGGACUGCGCACAAGGCUCCAUAGUUUUUAUUGAUCUGCGCAAGUAUUGAUUUGCGUCAGGUGUUUCAAUUUAGGAAAAUGAUAAAUUUACAUUAUAUCAAAAGAAAUAGAUUGCAUUAAGUCAUGCUUUAUGCUAAAAUAUUGAUUUUUCAGUUUGUUUUCACUAACUAAAACAUUUAUUUUAAAAUUAUCUCGUUUCUUCAAUUAUUAACUAACAACUGGCAACACAUUCUUUUUUAUUGCUGUCACCAUCAGGCAUCAAAUGCAUACUCGGAUCCGAUUAAAAAUUAUUUUAAAUCGUCAGCAAUUUAAGUUAAAAAUUCCUUGUGAUAGGCGCACGCGUCAAAUUAUCUGCCUUGUAAGGGGCGUUCAUGUUUUCGUGAAAAAUGAUUGAGUUUACGAUAAAAACAUUGGAUUCCAACAACCACUACUUCUCAGUCGAAGAUGAGGUAAGACAAAAUCAUUGCUAUUAAUAAUUUUGUUGACUGCGGAGAUUGAGUUAUUUUUCACCCACCCUCUAUACUUGUAACGCGAUAUUAGUAGCUUAAAUUUAAAUAGAUUUUGUAGCGAUUGAUGCAUUGCUCAUUGCUAAAUAGUGAACUUUGUCUAAUGCUAGAAAUGUUGUGGCGCUUAAUCUCACAGCCAAUUCAGUUUCAGGCUAGGUAAUCAAUAAUCUUUCUAGGUGCAUAGGUGUACUAUAGGUCGUAGUAACGUUAGUGCCUAUAAUGCUCUGUAAUUCUUUUAUGAAUGUGAUCUUAGAAGUGUUGACUGUUGAGCUAGAUAUGAUUAAAACCAACUCACCCAUUCCUAGUUAUAUUAGUGUAUAUUUAUUUGUUUUGAAGUGGAACUGUGUUGUCACCUUUAGGGCGUAUUUUGACGUAACUUUCAUUCCAUAUUAAGACCUUGUGGAUACAUUUUAGUCAUGUUUUGAUUAUCGACUUAAAUCAGAUAUCCUUCGUUACUCUGGAAGUAAUACUAUAAACACCAAAUACCACUACUAUUACUACGAGUAGCUUGUAAAGUAUAUAUUGUCAUUUUUGGUUGUGUUGUUGUUUUUAUAUCAGUUUGGCAGUGAAUAUAGGGUGCCAAAGCAUAUAUAGCACAUAUAGUAUAUAUGUAUCUAUAAUAUAGACAACAUAUCAUUUUGCUCUUUUGUUUAUAAACAUAAAUCCACUCAAUUUUUAUUGCCGAAGCUGUGGUACUCAUAUAAAAUAUAUUCAAUAUGAACAUUGGUUAUAAUGCAAACUAGGUAUUUUAAUACUAUUCAAUAUCUGAUAAUCAAUAACCAUUUUUUUUAUAUUCCAUAUUUUUGUUGGUUAAUUCUUAUUGGGUGACCACAUCUGUUCUACAUAUUGUAAAACAAUUUAGGUUAGGCAAUUCUGUUUCCCGACAUUCUUCAAAUCUUUAAUAAGGCGUGCAAAAUUAGUUUAUUAUAUAACAAUGUUUAAAUUAUUAUAACCAAAUGGAAGAUGUUUUCAUUUAAAUAGUGGCAAUUACGGUUGAUUGUUUUCUUCCUAUUAAUAUUGAUCACAAUCAGUGUUAGUUUUCAUAUUCUGUCAAAAGGCAUAUUAACUGUGCUGUGCUGCAUACAUUCUUCCUUUUUUGUGGUAAUAAAAAGGCCUAAUUUCUUUAAACUUUACUCACAUGGCUAAAACAAAUAAUGAGUAAUUUAUUAUGGAGCUGGUGAUUUCUUAGGUUAACAGAUAGUGCCUGUCGAUCAUAGUUGUCACCACCAGAUUAUCAUAGUAUGCCUUUGGUACUCUGGUUGUUUUAUUAGUUAGGAAUAGUUAAUUGUAUUUUGGUGAAUCUGUGUGACAUUUAUUACUGUCAGUGCUAAUGUUAGCUCAAGUAAAAAUAAAGAUAUGGUUUUGCGAGGAAAUUGGCUCCUCAAAUUUGUUUCGGGAGGAAUCUCUAGCAUUGCUUCAGCAUUUUGUGGGUAGAAGAACUAAUACUUCUAGAAAUGCACGCCGACUGGCGGCGCGGCGGCUGCGGGCGGCCUGGUCCCGCCGCUGGCGCUGGUGCAGCACUGGGGCGAGGAGUGGGUGCCGGUGUUCAGCGGCGACCAGCAGGCGCAGCGCAACGAGCUGCCCGAGCCCUACAGCGACGCCUACCUGUCCGGCAUGCCCUCGCGCAAGCGCCGCUGUCUGCGCCAGGCUAGACCCCCCACCACACUCGAUGCUUUCAUGAACGAAAGCGUACGCGAAGCUGUGAACGACCGAUCGAUUACGAUGGACAAUUCGAUAAUGAGGACAGCCUUCCGGGAGCACAUGCGCGCGAUAGCUCGCCAGCGAGCAGCGACCUCGGAUGAUUACGACCCAAUACGCUACGUAUCCGCCGCACGGUUCCUCAACGGCGACAGGAAGAACCCAACGCCGACGACGCAGGAACCCCCCAACGUCCCGAACGCGAGCGCCGAGGAGACCGAAUAGGCUUUCAGGGUCAGUUGUUUAUGCGGCUUUGCAACUACUGUAGCGUGACUUAAUAAUGAUUACCGAUUUCUAAUUACCCGUUUCAAUAAGUAAUCGAAGAUACUGAAGUAAAUUGAUAGGGAAGUAAUGGUCGCCUAAGUAAGCGAGUUAUCUUAUAGCCGAUGUAAAACAUAUACAAUAAAUGUCUACAGUUAUUCUCUGUGCUUAUACUUAUUGUAUUAUUAUAUUAUGAUGAAUGGCACCGAAUACUUAUAUAGACUCGCGGUAUGCCUUUUUGUAGCAUUCUUUAAGGUACUUUUCCGUGCAUACUUUUCGGCUGAACUAAGAUCAGUCGCAAUGCGCGGGAGUGUACCUUUACUUAAAUAGGAGCUCGCUUUCUUAAUAACAUUUUAAUGUUUUUUGUGAUUAAGCAUGUAUUUUGCUUAAAGUUUUUAAAACAUAGUUGGAAGGGAUAUUAAUUGAAGUCGUAUCUGCAUUUUUUGGUAUUGGUAUCCGGCAUUAGUAACGUCCGGAACAUCAUAGCUGUACAAUUCCUUCAACUCUUAAUCCUUAUAAUAACUGUGUAGUGAACUAGAGUUAUUUGUCGAAGUAAUCAUCUUUACCUUACCUUACUUUACGAAGUAAUAUUUACCAUUUUUCUAUAAAAUACCUACGUAUAAAUAAGCGUACCGUAUUGAUGUGAUUUUUAGGUACUCUUGUAGAUUUUUUGGAGAUAAUAAAGUAAUAAUAUUUUAAAUGACAUUUUAAUCUAUCCCAUAACAUAAAAGAUCUACUUAUCGUAAUAAGAAUUUUCAUGUAUAACAUAAUAAAAAUGAUGAUAGUCACAUAAGAUACUUAUUUAUAAUAAUAAACUUGAAUUUAACUGGACAUAUUGAAAUCUACUGUUUAUAUGCCGUCAAUUCUAAUUUGAAUUUAUUUAAAAUUUUAAUUAUAGUUUUAUUAUUUAUUGUUACCGUAAAUAAGUCAACAACAGUCAAUAUAUUCUUGGUCUCCUUAUUUUCGAGUAGAAAGAGAAUUGCUGAUUGUCUGUAUCGUAGUUUCUAAUUAGUGUUACAAUAUAUUUCUGUCUGUCAUUCUAGCCGGUAUUACUCUAACCAGCUCUUGAUUCUUGAUAUAAUAUGUAUUGAUAUAAUUGGUCGUAUUAUAGUUGACCAAAAUAUAACAGAUUCUAGUUUAUAAGAACAUAUAUUCUCUUAUUCCUUGGUGUACUAUCGGUGUACUUUAAAAUAUUCUCUCAAUUAUUGUAGUUAAGUCGGAUUGGGCAAUUAGUUUGCUAAACAGGAUGAUUCUGACUCGCAUUGAAGCUUUGUGCGAUGGUACUUGAUAUGAAACGUUUGCAGUAAACUAACCAGAGCAUUUCACAUCCAUAGAAAUAGAUUAUUAGUUAUAGAUUCCAUUUCACCUUAUAAUAUUCUUGAACGACGAUCUUUGUACAACUCAUAGUACUUAGGUACGAGCAGCUUUAGUGGUCUAACUUAGUCAUUGUCACACACGAACGACACGCAACCACUUAUGUGAAGUCGACUCUAGUAGCUGUAAGUUACCUUCUAAGUACUAAAUGUUCUCUGUAUCGAUUAUGAAUAUCGUAAUAAACACAGUUAUGUACUAUCAACCGCUUGUUUGACUUGUCUCCUAACUCCGCACCCAUACUCAUUGUCUAGUGUCAUAAUCCAUCAUAGUUUAAAUGCUUAUUAGACAGUACUUUGUAUAUACCGAUAUGAUUAACAACACAUUUAGCACCAAUGCAUAUCGUGUGGUGCUUUACCUGUACCAUCAAGGUACAUUAAAUUUUUAUUAAUGGUAAUUUAAAUAAAAAAAAAACAAAAAAUUUGAUUCUAACAAUUCUCAUACUGCAAUUUUAAACCAUUUCUGGCGACAGUGUUAUAUUUUCAGAAAAAAACUAAAAUCUGAGUAGAAUUUUUCGAUGGUUGCCGACAUGCAUUGAUGUAGCCCUCAGUCGUAGAUGACGUGCCAGAGUCCGAUUUAGAGAUGUGAAAGUCGGAUAAUUACUUUAUUUUUAAACUAUUAAGGGCUAUUUACCAUUGGAUCAUUAACAAACUUGUACUGUCUACUGUCUUUAGAUACUAUCGAGUAUAUAAUUCUGUCUCAGCAUCAGUUACAGGAUACAUAACUUGGUAGAUGUUCUUUGAUUCUAAAGUUAUAGGUUAUCUAGUAGCGUGAGUAAAACGCCAAUACCUAUAUUCAUCCAUCCAGUUUCAGUACGUGCCGAUGUAGGCUCUAGACGGACCGCAUUUUCUGCAUUCGCAAAUGCAAUCUAACUGAAAAUUGCAAUUCAAGUGCAGUUUGAAAGCUGCAGUUGAAAUAGGAGUGCAAAAAAAUAUGCAGUCCGAUUGCAGUUUAGUUGCAGUCGGCGUGCAAUCGAAUUGAACUGCAAUCUUCGAUUGGAUUGUUCUUGAAGUCCGACAGCCUAGAGCCUUAACUUUGUGUGCAAGAUAACUCGAAACAAAGAAGGAGCAAGGAGAUACAUGAUCACUAUACAAUCUACACAGGCCGAGAUACAAUGUCAGCCAAAGGUCGUCGUGCUUUUGCCCAUGAAACUUGUUUUGUUUAAAGUAUGAAACAAGGUUAAUCGAUAUUAACCUUGCCUUGUAGUUAUAACAAACAGGUAUCUAGCAUGCUAUUGCUAUUGCUAUGUGAACAAGGUAAGCAAGAAUAAUUUAAUAUAAUUAUCUGGAUGAUACAAUUAUCUGGGUUACAAUAAUCACUGUCUCAAGUUUUAUAGUUAAUUUCAGAUGUAAUAUUUUCAAUCAGUAAACUCAUUGAUAUUUUGCUUACAAUCUGUAAAUUAAAAAAAAUCUCUUGUCAUGAUGUACGUAAUUGAACUCUUCCGAAACAGCUCGACCGAUUCUUAUGAAAUCAAUUAUGUAUGCAUAUUAGGUAGGUCUCUGAAUCAGAAAACUUUUAGUAUUCACACCUUUAAUUUUUUUUUCUUUACAACUCAUUUGUUUAGCAAAACGUUUGAUGGGACAGCUAGUAGUUUCAUAUAAUUUAAAACUAGUCACCGGAAAAUUCAGAUUGCAUGAAGGUAAACUUAUUUAGGAAUGAAACACGGGGAGAAUAGGACAAUUAAAUUAAAUUAAUUAAUUAAGUAAACAUUACCUGAAGAUUCUUUAAAAUAUCCAUAGCCUUGGUAAGAGAAUUACGUUUAAAUUGUUAUUGUCAUCACAAAUGGCUCGCUGUGUGCAGAUAGGAUUGCCUUAUCAAUAUCGUAGUCUUUGAAUGAUCUGAGCCCAAUAUUCGCUGGUACUUUUGUUGAAUGUGGCCUAACUUGGGAGAUCUAUGACGAACAGUGGAUCGCGAUGUGCUGUAUUAAAAGAUUUUGAAUGUUCGAAUAAAUCUUCAUAUAUAAUCAAAGAAAAACAUGAGCUCUUACAAAACGGACGACGAAAACAAGACCAUGUGUAAAAUUGAUGUUAGGGGAAGACUUGAUGUUAAGUAAAAUAUUUAAUUUUACCGAGGUAGAAAACAUUUUUGUAAAGGUACUUCCUAAUGUAUAGGUAUAGUCUUAUUUGCCUUACCUUCAAUUUAGACCCUCUGACCUUAACAAAAUUGUUCCAGUAACAUCAAGUUUUUGAUGACCAUAUUUUUGAAGCAGGUCAGUAGGUAAGCCAUGUUUAAUGUCAGGAACAUUGUUUUAUUAAAUUACAUUGAUAAAACCAUGAAAAAUUAUAAAUAAUGAUUAAAAAUUAAUGGUCAUCAAGUUUGUGGAACUGUCAUUAGCGUACACUCGCUUAAAUAUUUAUUAAUGUGGUCGCACUAUCUGUGAUUGAUCUAGGUUUAUAAUUACUGGCUCGUGAACAAAUCACCAACACUUGCUCACGGCAAACAGACCCUAUCUACGCUGUUUGAAGCUAUAAAUAUGGUACAGUUAACUGUAAAAUCUUCGAGCUCUGAAAAUGCGAAAGGUUUUGUGUACAGUGAUCAAUUGGACAAAGAUCGAGAGUCGAAAAAACGAUUCUGCCUGAAUAAGUUCGAGGAGUUCUGUAAGAGGACUGAUCUACAUGGAUAUAAGUAUAUCGUGAUGGAGGACUACAAUAUAGUUGAAAGAUUUGGCUGGGCAGUAGCCGUGUUCUUAAGCAUUGGUUUCGCAGCAUACUUCGUGGUAACCGCUUAUAGGUGGUAUGCCAAGAACCCCAUUGUGACUGUAAUAGAGAGUACUCAAGGUGCCAUCUGGGACGUGCCUUUUCCAGCUGUCACUGUAUGUGAUCUAAAUAUAGUUUCCAAAAGAGCGGCGAGGCAACUAGCUGAUAAUUUGACUCUUCCUGAGAAUGUAACGGCAGACUUUAUAUACGGCACCUUUCGUCUAGUCCCCCUGUUGUAUUCCACUUUCUUUGCCGAACCCGAAGAAAAGGAACAUUUGAAAACACUUCAAAAUGUUUUAGACGAUAACAACAUAACCAUAGAAGCACUUGUUCUGAAACUAUCACCAGCAGCGACGUGCAACAAUUUAAUACAGCGAUGCAUGUGGAAGAACGCCAUCUAUCGGUGCGAGGACAUAUUCAAGCCUAUCUUCACGCUGCUCAGCCUCUGCUGCACGUUUAACUACUUCGCUGUUGAAGAUCACUCCACUGCAAUGACCAGCGAAGGGUUGCCCUCGAUGUCGCCUCGCCGUGUGGCCGCCUGCGGUUACCAGACGGCACUAACAGCGCUUCUAUACACAGACCCUGAAGACUAUUACAGUGCCACAGUAGCGUCGCAGGGAGCUUUGGUUAUUAUCGACAAUGCUUACAAUAUCCCGGACCUGGACUCGCCAGUGAGAAUGGUGAAUCCUGCUACGGAGGUUCUCAUAGCUCUAUCCCCAGAGAGGACUUACACUACAGCGGGAAUCAAAGCUGUCACUCCAGAACAGAGGCAAUGCUACUAUUACGAUGAGAUACAAAUCAGUAGAUUUCGUCAAUAUUCGUUUCACAAUUGCAUGGCGUAUCAAAAGAUUGAAAUCGUAAAAAAAGGCUGUGGCUGUAUACCUGUAUCGUAUCCUAAAGAAGAGGGAUUUAGGACUUGUAAUUUCAGGGAUUUGGAAUGCGUAGACAGCAUAUUUAGUUCAGAAGAAGUCGCCCGUAACUUGAGCCGGUAUGGCCAUGUUAUUCAAUGUUUACCAGAAUGUGAACAUUACGACUAUCCAUUGGAAGUCGCUCUGGGCAGGCUGGCGGAAAACAUCUACGUCAACGGACUUCCUUUCUUCGUUGACGUCAAUUUACAAAAUCGCUCUCUAUUGAACGUGUUCUUCAACGAUUUGGUAUCUACCAGAUAUAGACGUGAUGUUUAUUUGAACUGGCAAAAUAUUCUAGCUGCAUUCGGUGGACUCCUCAGCCUGAUGCUCGGCUUCACACUCAUAUCCGGAUUCGACUUGAUACUAUUCUUCACAGUCCGCAUCGCCUACGACUGCUUUCAAACAAUGGCACCCCGCAAAAAAACUCCGAAAAAAAUACACGUCAAAGAAUUCCACAAAAAGGACAGCUGGAUGGAACAAACCUUAUAUCCGAGAGAACACAAAGAGAAUUCUUUUGAAAAAACUAAAAGUGGUUCAUAUGAAUACCUCAAGUAUUAGUACUAAAAAGUUUUCCCUUUGUACGCUUGUGCGUAAACCAUGUAUUUUUCUCUAACAAUGUGAAUUCUUCUGAGUGUUUUGAACACGUGAUUUUGUUGAAAUUAAUAUUAUAUUGUGUUAUGAUCUACCGGGUGGGAAUGAUAACGAUAUUACCAUUAAUUUACUAUACCAAUCUUAAAUUAUCCUAUUACUGGAAAAAGUAUUUUCUGACUUGAAAGAUGUUUGUGACGAAAAAAUUUUUUUGGAUGUAAUUAAAUAUCUAGAUAGUUAAAUCUCAUAAUAGUUUUGUCAUCACUAAUUAGUGUAAGUUAAAGAAGCGUGUGGUACUCGUAGAUGCCUUCACAUUUGAAACCGCUUAAAAGUAAACAAAAGCUUGUUAUAUAAUUAGUCACUACUAUUUAUCAAACAAAUCUCAACUUCAACAUUUUUAUCACAAUAACGUGAUCGUGAAACAUAAUCUUAAAUUUAAAUCAUUUGAUUUUGUCCUUGUAUUACUGAGAAUCCAAAGGCAAAGAUAGUAUUUUUAUCGUAGCAAGUUAGAUUUCCUUUCACUAAAAAUAAGGCAAACUAUCAUUCUAGGCUUUAAAUGUAGUGCUGUUAAACAAGGCCUACGUCUCGUAUAAGGAAGUUUGACUCCCACGUUCUUACUCACUUGCGAUUUGCGCAUUUCAGAUUUAGAUUCUGUAUUUGUAAGUUACUUUAAAGAUUAUUGGUUUAUACAUUUUUUUGAGUUUUCGGGUUGCCUCACUGUUUUGCCAAUUUGCCUUCCCCACAAUAUUCACGUUUAAUUAAUUGCGUGUAAAAGUCUUCAAAAAGUAUUUAUGUUAUCAAUGUGCAGCUUAUUAAAGAGAUUAAUGGA